UUCAUUGUAAUAAUAAAAUUAUAAUAAUUAACGGCGUUCGUAUCCACAGUAUGCGAAGUAAAACCACACUAGUAUUGCAGAGAAAUAGAUGACACUUGCGACAAAAUGUUGUUAAACGCCAAUCUUUUGUGUAAUUUGAUUGCACUGAUCAGGUUUUUUUGCUUUGCAGAUAAUGUGCAGAGCAGGAAGAGUCCAAAACAACCAGGCAAAAAGACAUCAACAUGGAAAUUACGAAUUCUAGAAGUUUUAGCAAUCAUCUUUGGAGCAGUAGGAAUACUUAUUAUUCUUUAUAUCACUCGAAGGCGGUGGUGCUGUAUUAAAGCCUGCCGCGGUGAAGGCUUUCUGAAAAACGAACUGCGGGAACAGAUUGAUGCAUACAUGCCCGGGAUGAGGGUUGAUGAAGAUACAGGAAGAACUGAGUAUUACGAGCCAACAGAGGAAGAAAUGCGCGCGUUAGGAAGCGUUUUGAACACUAUGCGCGAAAUGGCACAGCCAUGAGUCGAAGGGCCAGCGGAGGUCGCUUCUUCUAUGUAAAUCAUCGGCGGAUCACCAGGUUUUGCUGUUGGAUUCGCAGAAACAGUUUCUUGAUUGCCGAUAUUAACCGGAAUUCCGAAUUUUUCUUCGAUUUUUCGUACAUAAGCCUCUGCUGGUAUUAUUAGAUCGUCGAAUCUCUGCACAUUGUCCUGCAACAAAACAUUAGUAAGCAGCACCGCCGCGAACUUGCACUUGAAUUUGCCUCAGUUGCGCAAUUGUGCAACUAUGUU